AUGAUUCCCUACCGCCUCUAUUACAUUCGUUCCGGAUCUGGACCUACAUGCACUGCUACCCUGGUCAUCGAAACUGUUGAACCUGGCAAAAGGCAGCAGCAGCUACAGCAGCGCAAAGGCGACAUGGAGGAGGACGGCGGCCAUCGUGCCUCAUCACCAGAAGACGACGCUUCGUCGGUGUAUCAUUCUACGUCUUCCCACGAAGGCGAUGGCAGGGCCAGUCGUUCCUCUACGGAAUGCGAUACUUCUAGCCAAUCCAACGUCACCAGACCACACUCAGUCUCUCCUUUCUGGCUCGCCGAAGAGCUCAUCGGGACCGUCUCAGGGUUCAAAGCCGCUCAUUCAAGGGAAUUAUCUUCUACGUCAAGCAAGACUCUAACAGGCGGAUUCAGCGAAACGGGAAGCCAGGUUCGCCUUCACUCCUCGAGUCUUUCAGAAGCAGAUCGCUACACCACACUGGCCGAUCUCCUAAUAGACUCAGCGCCUCACUUACGGCACCUAGCUACCAUCAGGACCGACGACUCCAAAUUCUUAAUCGCAUCGUCCAAACCAAAGAACCAGCUCGUCACCCCCGUCUCAGAGCAACGGCAUCCAGGGAAACCGGGAGCGCGUAUCAGCAAAUCCUCGAAGCUGUAUGAGCCCGACAUUCCAGAGGGAAGCGAUGAGCAAAGUCAACAAACCUCUACUUCAGAAGGCGACAACGCCGAAAAUGACGGAUUCCUCAAGGGAAUUCCUUUAAUAUUACUUACCAUUGGUCUCUCAUUAGUUGUUUUCUUAAUCUCUAUAGAUCGAACUAUCAUCACAACAGCCAUUCCUUUCAUUACCUCCGAAUUCCAGUCUACAGCGGAUAUCGGUUGGUAUGGUUCUUCAUAUCUCCUUACGGCAUGUGCCUUUCAGCCCGUAUUCGGGCGCGUAUUCACUCUCUUUAAUGCAAAGUGGUCUUAUCUCCUAUCUAUGUUAAUUUUCGAAGUCGGAUCUAUCAUCAGCGGCUUCGCGCCAACAUCGGCAUCUUUAAUUAUUGGGCGCGCUAUUGCCGGUUUCGGCAGCGCGGGUAUCUUGACGGGAAGUUUCGUUAUCGUAGCUACAGCCGUUCCUCUAACGGUUAGGCCGAUUUAUACAGCGGUGGUUGGAUUAAUGUUUGGCGUUGGUGCCACGGUUGGUCCCCUUAUCGGAGGUGUAUUCACGGAUUUAGUAACAUGGCGAUGGUGUUUCUGGAUAAACCUUCCGGUCGGCGCCGUGACCAUCAUCGUGAUGAUCCUCGUCUACCAUCCAAAGCCCCACGUCGGACCCAGGCCGAAACUCAUGGACCGCCUAGUCAAGUUAGAUCUCAUCGGUAACCUGAUCCUCCUAGGAGCCGCCGUAAUGUUAUUCCUAGCCUUGGAAUACACCCUCACAGGCGCAGCCUGGGCCAGCGCUGAAAUAAUCGGCCUCCUCGCCGGCGCCGGUGUCACAGCCAUCAUAUUCGUAGGCUGGCUAUGGUGGAAGCAAGACCGCGCCCUAAUCCCACCGGCCAUCGCCAAGCAGCGCACUGUCGCUGCCUCAUGCCUCAUGGCUUUCUUCACCUACGGCGCCCUUCUUGUUCAUACCUAUUUCUUACCUAUCUGGUUCCAGGCCAUUCUUGGCUACAGCGCCAUUGAAUCUGGUGUCGCCAUGAUCCCAUACUUCGUCGCCAACGCUCUGUUUUCCGUUCUCUCUGGCGUAUUCGUUUCCGGCGUCGGAUACUUCACGCCCCCUGCCAUCCUAGGCUCAGCAAUCGGCACCGUGGGCUGCGGUAUAAUCACCCUAUUCCGCCCAACCAUGAGCACAGGCGCUUGGAUCGGUUUCGAGGUCUUAGCUUCAGCCGGCUUCGGAAUGUCUAUCCAACAAGGGUUCACAGCCGUGCAAACCGUCCUCGGACCAGAUGACUUAGCUGUAGGCACAGCCGCGGUCGUAGCUUGUCAAUCACUAGGCGGCGCAGUGUUCAUUUCCGUGGGCAAUAGCGUGUUUCAGAACCGCCUCGCCUCGCUCAUUGAACAGACCGAUCUCCCUGGCCUCGAUGUCCGCGCCAUCGUAGCCGCGGGCGCCGUCGCUUUCCGAAAACUAGUGCCCGCAGACGAACUACCUGCUCUGCUGGACCAGUAUAACGCCGCGCUACACACGGUACUCCUAGUCGCGGUGCCGUUAGGCGGGUUAGCAUUCCUGUCAUGUUGUAUGAUGGAGUGGAAGUCGGUCAAGAAACCGGCAACGAAGAAUCCGGAUGCCGAGAAGGCAGAGCGGACGGAGGCGGAGUAA